AGCUGGUGAUUAUCGUUUUAAAAAUCUUCAAAAUAUAGAGAAAUUGGAACGAUUAUCGUUUCGCCGACAUUUGGCGUCUUCUGAGCGACAACCAUGCAGUUGAAGAACACUAUUGUCUCCGAAUCCCAACGAAAGCGGCGGACAAGAAACUGAAAAAUAAAUCUGAGUUCCAGCAAUCGGCUUUUAUCGAGAAUUCAUCAGAGGCUUCCAAGUUGAUUGAGAAGUAGUUCUUUGAAUUUGGUUGACUAACCGCCACCAAGGCUUACAGCUUAAGUUGCAAUUUGUCAUGGAGCUCGGCUCAUAUCGGAACAUGCAUGAUAACAGAGCAUCUGAACCAGAUCGACGAGAAGCCUCUGCCCCAGAGAAUCCAAUCCCGAUGGAGCAACCUCAUCCUUCUCUUCCUGCGGAAGUAAAUAUGGAUGUUGCAAUUACUGCCAAUGAAGUUAUGCGGGCUGGAGGCUUUGGUGCUACUUAUGAUAGCCGUAUCAUGCUUCCAGCUGCCAGCGAUUGCACUGAACUUAUGGACCAUCUUCGUGAUGUUCACGGAGAUGAAGGGUACAAGGAUGGCGACAUUAAAGCCACUGACAAAGUUGAAGAUGGCGUAACCCCUGAAGCUCAAGAGGCAGUAAAUAUGGAAGCUUCUUUCUUUUCUGAUGAUGUGAUACGGGCUGGAGGUUUUGGAGCUACAGAUAAUAUAAGCAGCUUUCUUCCUGUUGCAAGUGAUCAUACUGAUUUUGAGGGAAAUCUCCGUGAUGCUCGAGGUUAUGAAGAAUCCGAAGAAAAGAGCAGCCGGCCUGGCCUUGGCUGGAAGAGCGAAUGAGUCGCUGUUUAGAUGUGAACCAAGUAUCUGGCUUUUAUUGCUCCCUAAUAGCUAAGGUUAUUCCUAUUAUAGUUUCAAAACAAUUUCCUUGGACGAAGUUAUACAUAAUAUCUAUUUCUGCUAUCAAUUUUUCUUGUUCA